AUGGUCAAGAAUCGCAUGACGGCUUGCUGUGUCCUCCUUGAGUCCUAUGUUGGGGUGAUAGAGGACGACCACACCGGGGAAGAGCUGGAAGAAGAGGUUGGGAGCCACUGUGUCCUGGUCGUGGGCGGUGACCUUCUAGGACCAAACUAUGUGACUUUCGACCCCUGGGGCUUGCGCGGUGGUGAGGUGUCAUUGUGGCAGUCGCACUCCAUGGCAGCGGCUUCGCCGCUGGCCUGGGUGCAGCUCUCACUCCCCGCACCGAGAUCGAUGGAGGGCGUGGAGGGUGCAGAGGAGGUGGAGGUGGAGGAUGAGUCUUUGGCCAGCCAGCUCUCCCGCGCCAUGGGGGUGGGCAAAGAGGCCGACCAGCCUGACCAAAACGGCUCGAACACGGAGGCCACCCGGGAGGUCAAAGUAGAGGAUGCUGGAGAUGCCAAGGCCGACGGAGACGUGCAGGCGCAGCCAGCCAACCUGCAAGCCACUGAAGCGGAUGCAGGUCCAGAGGUGGUGCCUGCUGCAGAGGACCAAAUCGACGACAUUGUCCCGUUCAUCUGCUACGACGAGGAGAAGGGCAGCUUCUCCAAGGAUGACAGAUGGAUCUUGCCGAAGCGAAACCAGUUUCCACUGAUCUUCUGCGCACUUCGAGUUCGGAUUCGGCUGGAACCCAUCGAGCCUUCCGGCGGCUCUGCGAAUCCGUGGAACCUCACGGCAGAGCAGGUGGAGGUACUUCUGCGGAAACUCCUUGGUCUUGGGGAUCUGCUGGUCCGCUUCGAUGAUUGCCGUGAUCGGAUCGAUGCAGUGACCAAUGCACGCGAGUUGAUUGCGGCCCUCAAAGCUGACCUACCAGCAGGCUUAUGUGUCGGCGACGUGAAGGAGGUGUCCGAGCACCAGAUGUUGGCAACUGUUGUUAACGUCUUGGAGACUUCGGACGACAUGGAUCCGGAAAGGAUCAGCUCGCUAGCAGUCCGUCUCAAAGAGGGCGGGUCGUGCGACUCGAUUGUCCUGGAACUACCACAGAUCUGGAUCAUCUCGGAUCCAGAUUUCAGAGCCAAGACUGCCAGCAUUGGCUUGUACCCUGGCAGCUUCUGGAUGGGCUUUCUCAAAUCCUGGGGAGCAGUGAAGAUCGCUGAAGUCUUCUUCAGGAAAGUCGAUCCGGACGACAAGCGCAGGGAACCGACGGUUACCGUUGCUGUCCAGUUCCGAGAGCGGGAGAACUUGAAAAUGUGCUUCACGUUCCUGUACGACCGCUAUCUGGUCCAUCCCAAACAGAAAAAUGCGCUACGGCAGCCGUGGUGCAAACUGGCGGACUUUGAGGAAUUCAAGGCAAAAACCUUGGGGAAGCCUGUGCCCAGCAGACCAAAGGCUGCAGCACCCGACGCCGGCAAGUUGAAGAUCAAUCAGCCGACAAAGCAACACGCAGCUUCGCCUGUGCCAAAGGCCACUGUAGCGGAGGCGAAAGCUGCGAAGGCGGAGGACUUUGAUCGGCAACUGACGCCCGCGGAG